AUGCUCACCAUGAAGACUGAAGACUCUAAUCUUCCUCAUGUGGUAAUUGUCGGUGCGGGCCUAGGUGGCAUUGCCACCGCCGUGAAACUCAAAAGGCAACUGGGUUUCAAUAACUUCACGCCACCAACAACCUCGUCCGACUUGCCGCUUAGAUUUAUGAGAAAGCAAAUGCAGUCGGGGGUACCUGGAGAGACAAUACGUAUCCUGUAUGCUUAUUCUGCAAUUCUGUUGGGCACGUUGACUCCUAUCGACGCACAGGGUUGUGGCUCCGAUGUACCUGGUCAUUGGUAUAGUCUGUCGACAGACCUUAAUCCAAGGUGGCCGACGUUAUACGCUAGCCAACCCGAGCUUUGCGCCUACUGGGAAGAACUGUGGCAUAGACAUGACCUCGUGCGACAUACGCACCUGAACACUGCAGUGACGAAUGCCGAAUGGGAUACCAAUGCUCAGCAGUACAGGAUAACGCUGCGUAACACGAUCACGGGCAAGGUGUCGACAGUAGAGGCAGAAGUUAUGUUUUAUGCCAUAGGGGGAUUCCAGGGUCCUAUAUACCCCAAGGAUAUUGGAGGCUUGGACAGCUUUCGGGGAGACCUCUUUCAUUCCGCGCAAUGGAGGCAUGAUGUGGCUUUGAAAGGAAAACGUGUUGGCGUCAUUGGCAACGGAUGCUCUGCGGCCCAAUUUAUACCUGAAAUCUCCGCGGAUUCGUCUGUGAAGAUCGUCAAUUUUGUUCGAACACCGCAAUGGUAUAUAACUCGCGGGAAUUACAGGUACCCUCGAUUUGUCCAAAUGAUAUUCGCAUAUGUACCGUUCAUUGUGCGAUGGUACCGCAAUUGCCUUAUGGCGAGGGCGCUUACAGCCUACAUCAAGAAAAUGGCUCCUAAAGACCAGUUACGGAAUUUGAUACCGAGCUAUGCUCCUGGAUGCAAACGUAUCAUCGUGGAUCCAGGCUAUCUGAAAUCACUACAUCGGCCUAACGUCAGUCUUAACUGGGAUGGGAUCGAGACUGUAGUGCCGGAAGGAAUCAGGAUGAAGACCGGCGAGACUGUUCCGUUGGACGUGAUUAUUUUUGGAACAGGGUAUUCUACGGAGCCCGCUAGCUUAAAAGUUCGAGGGAGCACUGGCGGCACAAUACAUGAAUAUUUUGCAAGUCAGGGCGGACCAAAGGCCUAUGUCGGGACCUGCAUGCCUGGUUUCCCCAACCUUUUCACCCUGUUAGGACCAAAUGUUGCCACGGGGCAUGCUUCUGUCAUCUUCAGCCAAGAAGCGCAGCUUAUCAAGCCGAUCCUUGAUGGGCAAGCCAAGUCUUUUGAAAUAUCGUCAGAAGCGACAGAUGAGUACAACACGUGGUUACAGGAUCGCCUCUCGACUUCAGUCUGGACGGAUUGCACCUCGUACUACCAGGGAGCUGGUGGCAAAGUGAUCUCGACGUUCCCUGGCCCAGUGGCGUUGUUCUGGUGGUUAACGCGAUCGCCACGAUGGGAAUUAUUUCGUGGGGUUUGGGGGAAAGAAUGGGAGGAGCAGCUACGAAGGAACAAGUCAAAGAAGUGGGCUUGGAAGUGGGGAUUUAUUACGGUGUUGGCGUCGUUGGUAUUGAGUAUGGUGUUGCAGAAAUAUUAAUUUUUGGGCGGAG